AUGAAAAAUGAAUGCUGCCUCUGUGUCAAUUUAAAUUCGGGUGUUACCUACAUUUUCCUAUACGAUUUCCUAUUUUUCGGAGCUUUUGUAGCUAAUGCAGUUCUUUAUGGUCUAUAUAUUGGUUCAGAUGAAAAGUUAGCAGAGUUAUAUAAAGAUAGACUCAAAAUUAUGACAGAUACAUUUAGUUAUACUCCAACUGAGGCACCACCUUCAAACUUAAUGGAUUUGCUGAGAUAUUCUGUCUACCUAAUGACUAUUGUACCAGGAACGAUAGUACUUGUGAUAUAUAUUCCGAGAAUCAUUGGAUUCAUGUAUAUGAAAUGCUUUCCUUAUGAUUAAGAAAUGAGAAGAAAAGCCUACAUUGUAAGAGUUUCUACAUCAGUCCUCUUAUUAGUGCUUUUAAUCGGUUUAGAAACUAUAGUAAUUGUAUUUCUAGUGCAGUCAAAUUUCUGGCUCUUUGGUGUAAAUAUCCUACCUAUCAUCGCAUAUGGAGGUGGAAUACUCUUGACUAUAGCCUUUGAUUUAUAUUUUAGUUGUGUCUAUGGAAACUACCACAUUUUCGGUUUUGGCACAUAAAAAAUGUAAUCCUUUGAUAAUAACUGGUCAACAAUGAACACUUAAAGGGAGAUGAUGAAAAGAAGACCAACAGAAGCAAAUUCAUAAUCAAGGAUGCCUACUAAUGAGUCCUACUCUCCUCAAAAAUAUUAGUUUUCCCCUUAAGCUACUUAAAAACCAGAUUCAUAAAAUAGAGCUUUUGGUUUUUAAAACCAAAGCCAAUAAGGACCAAAUAUUUAGAAAUCUAGAUCAUAACUAGUUUAAAAAUUAUCUUUGGGAAUUAAAAGUAGAGGAAUUAUGGAAGGAGUCAGGUUAAACUGA